GCGCCAUCUUGCUAUGGGUGGUAUUGUCGGACUCUGACCGCAAUUAGCUCCAUACAAUUAGCUCUGUCUCUUUCGUUCAUACGAGACUCAUGCUCGUGUCUAAUGCAUAUCUACAGCACUUGUGUCCGACGACAGAUCAAAACUAUACCAGUCUUCAUUUGACUCUGAUAGGAUGGAGACAGAUCUUCAAAAGAUAGCUCUUGUCAAAAACGCCAUUGGUUGCUAUCCAGAUUUUCCAAAGCCUGGCAUUUUAUUCAGAGAUAUCUUCGGAAUUCUAAGCGACGUAGUCGCCACACGAGCACUGCUAGAUCUAUUAGUGGAUCACACUCGCUCCUUGGCGGUCGAUGUUAUUGUAGGCUUAGACGCCAGAGGAUUUAUCCUUGGGCCACUAAUUGCUGCUGAGCUGAGUAAACCAUUUGUACCAGUUAGGAAAAAGGGUAAAUUACCGGGUCAAGUCAUAUCUCAAUCUUAUAAACUUGAAUAUGGAGAGGAUACUUUGGAAGUGCAGCGCAACAAUCCCAGCACAGGAAAACGAGUUCUUAUCGUUGAUGAUCUUUUAGCCACUGGAGUUUGCGACAAUGUUUUAGGAACAAUGGAAGCUGCCAUUCAAUUGUUGAAAUCAGCUGAUGCAGGUGUUAUUCAUUGUCUGGUUGUGAUGGAACUGACAUCUCUCAAUGGUCGGGCAAAAUUAUCAGCUCCUGUACAUUCCCUUUUGCAAUUUGAUUAGGCUAAUUAAAAGAUGAGACAUACACACACAAUGGACUCGAAACAUUCCAUAAAUUCUGUAUGACAACAGCACAAUUAUUCGCUGGAAUAUAAUUCUCUAUUUUCAGAA